AUGCACCGAAGUGCCAAGCAAGUGCCACCAAAAUACCGCCAAAGUACCAUCCAAGUGCCGCUGCUCAAAUUCUGUCCAAGUGCCACCAAAGUACCGUACAAGUACCGCCAUGUGCCGCCCAAAAACCGCUUAAGUACCACCCAAGUGCCGCUGCUCACAUUCUGCCUUAGUGCCGAUAAAGUACCGCCCAAGGAUAACGAAGGCUGGCCCUCGUUGCUGGAAACGCAGCAAGCCCUGCUAGAGGUUCUCGCGGAAUCCACUCAAUCCGCCAAGAGCGUCGAAGUAUGGAGCAUGGGUCUCGUCGACGCCAGGUUCGAGCUACUCGCUGAUUAUUGGAAUGACUUCCAAGCCAUGUAUGACGCUAGGAGUCGGCUGUUCCCGACCAUGCCAGGAGGUGGUGGCCAGUUCCCACUCCCUGGACCGCACUCGGGCCCUCGCCUGGCGAGCAUCAAUAUCCCGCUCUUCUCUGGCCGUCGCGAGGAUUGGCAGUCUUUCCGCGACCUGUUCCAGGCGCUCAUUCACCAGGAUGCUUGGCUCACCGACGUCGAGAGGCUUUACUACCUAAAGGCAAACGUGCACGGUGAGGCAAAAGCAGUUCUGGACAUCUUGCAGCUCGUUGGUUCCAAUUAUUCCACGGCCUGGAAUCUUCUUGUCUCGCGGUUCGAGCAUCGCCGCCUCCUUGUGCAGGACCACGUCAUGGCACUCCGAACGCUCAAGCCUCUGCGCAAGGAGUCCGCUGCUGGUCUGCAGAGCUUGCUCGAUGCCUUAGAAAAGCACCGUGAUCAACUGCGAGCGCUUAAUCAGCCGGUGGAACAUUGGGAUGUGUGGAUGGUCUCUUUUGCCUCGACCGCCAUGGACCCCUCGACUCGGAGAGCCUGGGAAGACAAGCUCGAGAAGUUGGAGGCAGCCAGCUCUGCACAAGGGGAAGCGGCCUCCUUCGCCACUUUGUCCAGCUUUCUGUGGAGGCGUGGCCGCUCACUGACUUUAAUGGAAGAAUCGCGCCCUCCCCGAUCGACGAACGAUCCUGUACGCUCGACCGGCAGUCGCCCUCCCGCGCCGACGCCACUCAGCCACAACCACCGAUCUUUAGCCACCCACGCAGUCAACGACGACUGCCCUACCUGCCACGCGCCGCAGUACCCGGGCCACAUGGCAACUGUCUGCCCUUCCCAAGGCGUAUGCCAAUAUUGCAAGGCGCGGCAUCACAGCCUCAUCCAUGAUGGCGGUCGCAAGCGCAGGGCCGCGCCCGACCCAGCACCAGCUGAGGCAAAGCAGUGUCUCUUCACCUCGGACUCCAAGGACGGGAUCGACGCGGCAGCUGCUUUACCGUUGUGA